AUGCAACCAGCGGACGGGUUUGCAUAUGAUGGUGGUCCUUUGAAUGGUGGAGCGCCAGCAGGUUCGAGAUUAAGCCAAUAUUUGGGUGUUAAUCGGCAAGGUUUGUGAGAAAAGAAAAAGAGAAAAUAAAAUAUGAAUUUUUUUAGCUGGUUCAUCAUUUGGAUCUUCAGUUGGUCUACAUAUAAAUGUAAGAUCAUUGCUUUCAAUUAAAAUAAUAAAAAAAUAACUUCAGGCUCCACCAUUCAUCCCAAAACAGCACAAACAGCAAAUAGUUCAGCAAUCAUUUUCACAACUUUCAAUAAAUGAAGGCGGCAACAGCAAUUUCACUCCUCCUCCAGCUUUCCAACCUCGCCAACAACCACAAGCUCCUCCUUCACAAAAUUUCGAGCGUUAUCAACCGGAGAAUCGAGGUGGAACAAUGUAUUUCUGGCAACCUCCGAUGGGUGAAGCUGGAGAAGGUGGACAUGAACAAGAACAUUAUGAGGAAGAACCGGAAUUGCAACAAAUUCCUGAAGGACAUGUGAUUGUGAACACUUCUGGAAUGUUUGCAUAUCAUUCGCCUUUGCCAGUUCCUCAUGUGGGAAAAUUUAGACCAAAAGGAGCGUUGGGAAAUGGGCAAACUCAAUUUAUUAGUGCUGAACUUAAAAUGGUUAGUUUUAUUUUUCAAAUUGGUUGGUUUUUAUUAAGACGACAUGAUAAUGACGACUUUCUAUAGUUGGACAUCGACUAAAUGGCAUUUUCAUGUUUUUGUCAGCAAAUGAGUUAAAAUAUUGGAUUUUAAUCGUAUUCAUGGGAUAGAAAAGUCUAAGACAAACCGAAUGAUAUAAAUUUCCAUGGCUUUACGUUAUCCAUGAGUGAUUUAGCGAUGUUUAGUCGAUAAGCCGAGCCGAUCAUCUAAACGUCCCUAAAUCACUUAUGUCCCUAAAUCACUUAUAUCAUUCGGUUUGUCGUAGUCUUUUCUAUCCUAUGAAUACGAUUAAAAUCCAACAUUUGCUGAGAAAAACAUGAAAAUGCCAUUUAGUCGAUGUUCAACUUCCAUCAAUUCCUUUGUCCAGGAACUACUCAACCGUCAACUAGCAAUGGAUGCAAAAGCCGAUGUUCUCGCGCAUCCUGGAAUUCCACAACAAGUCGAACAUCUAACUAACCUUGUUCCGCUGGAAAAUGUAUCAGUUACUAAUUUAUCGCAAACAACUUAUAAAGCAUCAUCGAUUCGAGAUGGUGUUACUUAUUGCAUUCGACGAAUUCACGGUUGUCGUGUUCAACCAGGAAAACAAACAGCACCGGCUGAAAGUUGGAAGAAAUUGGUUCACGGAAAUGUAGUGCAACUAAGAGAAAUCAUUCCAAACACUCGAGAUUUUGAUGAUAUUUGUGAGUUUGAAUUUUGAUCUUGAAGUUCAAAUAAGAUAUCUGAAAUUAUCAUUUCAGCCCUCAUAUUCGUCUAUGAUUAUUAUCCAUUGGCCGAAACUCUAAAGGCAAAACAUUUCGAUUCGAGAACAGGCACUUUUCUAGAUUCAAUGAGUAAGUUUACUGAUUUUUUUUUUCGUCCAGUUUUUCAAAAUCAAAAUUAAAGCUGGAAUAAAACUAACGAGUACAAUGUCAUCAACACCAUUAGUUGGAACUGGAAUACCUGAAAGUACAUUAUGGUCAUAUGUUAUACAAAUAUCUGCUGCACUUCGAGCAAUUCAUGCAAAUGGUUUAGCAGCGAGAAGUAUCGAUUUGAACAAGAUAUUGAUUUAUAGUAAUAAUAAGGUGAGGAAAUUUGGAGAGCUUGGAAGUUGUCGAUAGUUAAGUUAGGACGUGGCAAACUACGGGGAAUAGAGCCAGGCCACAAUUCAGUUCCUAAUCGGACCAUCGAAAAUCAAUAGAAUUUCUCAAACACUUUAAGCUUUCUCAAGACAUUCUAUGAUGGUCAGAUUUCUACUAAAAUAUGAUUAACCUGGCAUGAUAUCGAAGAUCGGUUCAAAUUGAUUGGACCUUUCACCCAUUCAAAAUUUGCCACGUCAUGCUCAGAGUUGAGCUAUGUAAUUUUUGAUAGCGGUAUCGUGACCAGAGGGUUAAAUUCUACUAAACAACCCCAAUCAAAUUAUUUUCUAGAUCCUUUUAUCAUUUUGUGGAAUUGCGGAUGUGAUAAAUUCGGAGCCAAUUCAUUCAUCAAUUCAUCAAUAUCAACAAGAUGACUUACAAGCUUUUGGAUGUGUUUUGGUUGCGUUAGCAACUGGAAAACCGCAUGGAUCAAGAAGAGAUUUGUUGAUGGCAUCAAUGAAUAUUAUAUCACAAAAUUACUCAUUGGAUAUGAAAAAUCUAAUAAGGUACCGUUUCUUUUCUCUUCAUUUUCCGUAAAAAUAAUGUUUUUAGCUGUUUAUUAACAAAUUCGACAAAUAACAGAAAAUCGAUAAAUGAUAUUAUGCCAAUGAUCGGCGCUAGAUUUUAUAGUUAUGUAAGUGUUGUUUUUAUUCUGGGAAAACGCUUUUACAAUUGAUUUUUUAGAUGGAAAAUAUGCAACAACGAAAUGAUUGUUUAGAAGCGGAGUUAUGUCGAGAAUUGGAGAAUGGACGAUUAUUUAGAUUAUUGUGUAAAUUGAAUACUGUAUUGGAAAGAGCUGAGUGAGUUUAAUUAAACUAGAGUGUAGUUUAGUUUGGGAAAUUUGGAGAUAUUUAUUUUUGUGAAAAUAAUCAGAAGCAUUUGGGCUUGAUUUAAAUUCGGAAAAAAUUCAAAAUGCAAUUUUUUUCAUCUGAAAAACCAUAAAAUUCCGUUUUCCAGACAUAACGGCGAUGAAAAUUGGUCUGAAACCGGCGAUCGUUUCAUGCUGAAAUUAUUCCGCGACUAUGUAUUUCAUCAAGUCACCGAUCAAGGAAAACCAUGGCUUGAUAUGGCUCAUAUAAUCCAAUGUCUUAAUAAAUUGGAUGCUGGAACAUCGGAAAAAAUUGAGAUGGUAUCAAGAGAUGGAAAUAUUCAGGUUAUUCUCGAAUAUUCGCAAUUGAAAAGGUGAGAUUUUGGAAUUCACUAAAUGUAGAAAAAAUUCACUUUUUGACUUUGGAUUUUUGAAUUUUGGUGCCAAAAGUUGGUUUUUCAAUUCUGGGAAAAAUACGCUUCAAAAAUGUUCUUUAAAAAUUUCUCAACAGUGAGUUUUGAUAAGCCAGUUUUUCUGAAAACUAUUUAUGACAGAAAAUGAAACAAGUUAAAAUUAACUUUUUGCUCAAAAUUUCAGAAUUUUUUUUUGAACUUUAGACACUGAAAAACGUGAAGUCGAAUUUGGAAAUUUGAAAAAAAUUCAAUUUUUCGAUUCUGGAAAAAAAUACGUUUCAAAAAUGUUCUUUAAAAUUUUUUUAACUCUGAGUUUUGAUUCAUCUAUUUACACUGCUCGACAUAAUUAUAACCUCACUUGAUUUUUUGAAAAAUUCGAAAUUUUGAGUUUUUCAAAAAAUAAUCAAGUGAGGUUAUAAUUAUGUCGAGCAGUGUAGUUUUAUUUGUUCAGAAAAUAAUGAAAGAAGUAUGAAAAAAUUAAUGUUUUGCUCUAAUUUUCAGAUUUUCUAAUAUUUAUAAUACUUGGAUUUUUAAGUUUAAUUUUUCAAAAAAAAAUUCUAAUUGGUAUACCACUUUUGGCCCCAGUUCCCAAAAAAAACUAAACCAAAAUCACAAAAUUCCCACGUUUUAGAUGUGUUGAAAAAGCAUUCCGAGACCUUCAAACAUCAAAUGUAAUAGCUCGUCACUGA